ACGCUGAUCUAGCUAGCAGGAGAGAAGGCGGAGAUACUUUUCAGAAAUCUCAUGAGCAGGACAUUCAAUACAGCUCGAAUAUUCAAGGACUUAUAGCUAACACGCCUUUACAGGAGAUCAAAUCAAAGUUCAUGCUCUGGAUGCUGGGAUGGGUUUGUAAUCACCAAGCAUAAGCUAACAAUCAGCUUAUUGUAGCAUAGUUGUCUUCUCCAUUGGAAUAGACCGUUCAACUGUUGAAGCCCAACAUAUCUGGGCUAUGCGAAAGGCACCAUAAUACUUCCAUGAGGACACUAACAGAUGGUUUUAAAAAUGGACCACGGUGUUGCUGAGAGUCCAGUCAUCCUUGUCAUCAAGGCACCCAACCAAAAGUAUGAUGACCAGACCAUCAACUGCUUUUUGAACUGGACAGUGGAGAAACUAAAAACCCACAUUUCCAAUGUAUAUCCAAGUAAACCGUGCUCCAAAGACCAGAGGCUGGUGUAUUCUGGGAAGCUCCUUUUAGACCAUUUAACACUGAAGGAGGUGCUCAGAAAGCACGAUGGGUACCACAUGGUUCACCUGGUGUGUGCCUCACGCACCCCUCCUGGGUCCCCCAAGCUCCACAACAGCCGCGGUAACAAUGCCCCUGGAGUCCCCUCGACCAGCGCCACGAUAAGUCAGAACCCCAGUGUCCCCACCCCCAUCCAGGGUGGCCAAUCUGCCUCCACUGGAGAGAGCUCUGAUGGGAUAAGACAUCGCACAGGCCCCGCCCCAGACAGUGCAGCACAGCCCACUGUUAUUCAAGGGUACAUGUUGAACCAGUUCCAUCCCAGCAACAUUCCUUCCUACCCUGGGAUGCAGUACAAUCCUAUGACAUUGCUUUGGUGGCAGCAGGUGUAUGCCCAGCAAUACUACAUGCAUAAUCAAAUGUUGGCGGCGAUGUCAGCUCAACACCUCAGGCCUGACCUGCUCUCAACCCGGCCCAGUCAGUCUGACUCUCUGACACCCCCUCCCCUGGAGGAGCGCCGUGGUGACCCCGACAUUCAGAUGAAUGCCCAGGGAGGGGAUGCGCCACCGAAUGAGGAGGAACAGAACCACGAUUGGCUAGACUGGGUGUACACUGUGUCGCGGGCCGCCAUCUUGCUCAGCAUCAUCUACUUCUACUCCUCCUUUAGCCGCUUUGUCAUGGUGAUGGGCGCCAUGUUGCUGUUAUAUCUGCACCAGGCAGGAUGGUUCCCCUUCAACCUGGAGAAUGAACUUCAGCACCCUGCAGACGAGGCCCACCAGGAUGAGAUGGAGGCCAACCUUAAUCAUGACCUCCAAGAGAUGGAGCGGGUGAUGGAUGAAGGUUUGGGGGACGACGAUGGGGACAGUGGAGAGGAUGGACCAGAGGAUCACAAUGGUAUUCCCCAUGCUGGAAUCCUUUCCACGACUUGGUCAUUUGUUGUCACGUUCUUCAUGUCACUAAUACCCGAGGGGCCACCUAAUGCAGUCAAUUGAGCCAAUGAGCCAUGGGAAAACUGAAAUGAUUGAAAACAACACUAUCUUAGUAUCCCCAGUGAAUUGUAGCCUGGGGUCCGGAUCACAGGGCACCACAGAUGAACAGAGUGGGUCACUAAGCCACGAAAACAAAAGGGCUUUAACUUGUGAACAAUUGAGAGACAUCGUAUCAACAAAUAUGUUGAUCACAGUUGAUUAUCGGCAUAAAUUGAAACCUUCAAAAUCAUGAGAUCCAAAUAAUAUUGUGUACAAUGAUCUUGUGCAGAACCUGUUUUAGAAUAGGAAAGUAUGACUUGUAAGUCAAGUUAGACAGAACAUUGAUCCCUGUAAAUUGUGCAUAAUAACAUGAGAUUUAGCUCCAUUUGUGUGAUAAGGUUAUCAGGUGUGUAAUGACUGUAUACUUUUGCAAGUUGCAUAUUUGUUUAAACUAUAAAAUCAGGCUGUGUAAUAUAAAAACAUUGUGUGUAAUAUAAACAUCUAGGUCUGGCUUUGUAUCCUACCCAUUAUCAUGUGUUGUGUUCGGCACUUAAUGUGCACCCCUGUGUUUCUUUAAUUGAAAUCAUAAA